GUUUAUUUUCCAAUCGCUGUCAGUUGUUGUCAAAAGAGUUCCUAACCUAUGACAAGCAAUCCAACCAAAUGCGAUGCGGAAAAGAUGCGAAUGAUGCGGCUGUAACUCGCUUUUUAAAAACCAACUAUGGCUGAUGGCGACGAUAACCAACCGAAGCGAACUGUCGGAACGCCAGCCAGCGACGACUCAUCCUCUGACAUCGAAACGAUCGACUUGGACUUGGUCAGCUCGCAGAAUGACAGACCUUCGAAGCGCGCUCAACCCGACUUGAAUCCCCAACAACCAGCCAUGCAUGAUCAAAACGUCCGCAAGGAAGACAACCCCUUCUCGUUUCGUCACUUCAUCAAUACAGCAGACAGAAGCUAUCACAAUCAAGGUGCUAGGCCAAAAGUAUUCUGUGAGGGUAGACCAGUGAGUAUACCGCCGCCGUCGGAUGUCGAAAUAUCCGACCAGCACAUGUCUUCACGUUUGGUAAAUGAGUAUCCAUCAGCGCUGCCGGAUUUCGUCCAGGAUCAUCUAGUCAUUGAACAGUGUUACUUAAACAAUCAUGACAACCUGCCUGACUGCACCAUGGAUAGAAGUGAAAGAGACAGAAAUGAGAGGGUGUCCUACAGGCCACAGGCAGAGUUCCCUUUGGAUUUGCCAUUAAGUGGUGAAGCACAGAAUAGACCUACAGUAAGAAAUAGCCCUCAGGUGAUUGCACCUGAGGUGGGGAAUUCAAAAAGUCUGCCGGAUUUCUUGGCAGACACUGCUCCUGGUGGAGGAAAUGUUGCAGUGGUUGAUAAUGAGGGUAGUAGUGCAGAAUGGGAAGCAGAUAGGUUAAGAGUGGAAUUGGAUGGAACCAGAAGGCAGUUAGCUGAGAAAACCAGGUUGGCUGAUUGUUUAGCACAGGAAUUAGAUUUGGCACGGAGUAAGAAUCACGAAUACACGCAGAAUUUAGCAAAGGCGUGGGAACAAGUUGAAGAGAAUCUUGAACGCAGUAAAAUAAGAGCAACUUCGUCCGAAAAUAACAUUAUGAAAUUACGCCAGGAAGUUAAACUAUUAAACAAAGAAGUGAGUAGAUUAAAACGCGAAAACAUGGCGCUGAAAAGCGAAGAGGGCGCUGCAGGCGGUCCCUGUGCUUCAACAAGUCGAAUUGACCCAAUGGCGCAACGUCAUGUGGCUCAAGACUUACGAUCGGCUGCAUCUACUGCUGAACACUCUCUCAGACAGUUGUUGAGCGGCGUUGAAAAUCUUCGUUUAUUAGCAUCACGCGUCGAAAACCUCUCGCGUUACGAAGCAGAACAAACUUCGUACAUAUCGGACGAUGAUGCUGACGACGACGAUGACGACGCCGACGCCGGCCCAGCGCUAUAAACACUCACCCCGCCAGAAAAAGAAGAAAAACGAUAAAAACUGUUAUACGUGUAAAUAAUAUUUUUCGAUUAGGUAUUGCUAGAGAAUUACGAUAGUUUUUUAUAUGGAUUGUAAGCCAACAAUAUUUUGCGUACACACUCAGAGCCUACAGCGGUGUGCGGCAUUUAAGCUAAUCAUAAUCACAAGUGCAACUCGCGUAAUAACUUUUUACUAACUUUUUUAACAACGUAUUUAUUGACUUUGUUCUCACUUCUCAUACAGAAUUACAGUACAUACAUAUUAGUAAGUGGUGCAUAAGUGAUGUUUCAUUACGUACAGUAUUUACAAUAUUCAAAUAUUCAUGUAACACUAAAGAAAAGGAAGAAAAAUGCUGUCAGCAUCACACUAUGACUAAACACAAAUAUUACAUACAAUGAAUUCAAUGUGAUAUGAUUUAAUAUUUAAUGAUUAACGGAAAACUAUUAAAAAUUCAAUUGUAAAUGUAA